CGCCCCCUUAACAAACCCAUUGAUUCCCAUUGCACUCCUUCCCCUCAGCACCUCAUAUUGCAACUGCUGCCACUCCCUCCAGGAAGAGCCUCCGACGGUCCAUAGUGUACGUCGAGUCAACAGGCUCAAGCCCCGCUCGCUGAUCAAGUUCCGCCUGCUCGCGUCGCCCAUCGCCGCCCACGUCACCACCAAAACACACACAAAUCUCAACAAUGAAACAUCCACUUCUCGCCGCCCUCCCCUUCCUAUUCACCACCCCAUCCGCCCUCGCCCAAAUCGACACACCCCUCGGCCCCUUCCACCUCACCACCCUCGGCGCAACGCUCCUCAACCGCUUCGUCCCCGAGCUAUGGACCGACCUGGGCCUGUUUCGGCACACGGUCAAGAAUGUCGGGCAGAGGGCGUGUGUUCGUCUCACCGAUGGAGACGACGCAGGGAAGGCGUUUGGGGCCGCAUAUCCCGUGAAUGUAGAAGACAUCGCCAUGGACCGGGUGGGAAAGAUCGCAUUCAUGGGCUCCGACCCCGUCCGCCGGAAAGCUGACGGGUCGCGCGGGUGGAUGCCCGGUAGUGGGUUUCUGGACGCGGAGUUUGGGAGUAGCGCCGAGGGGGCUGUUUGGGCGUACCAUUACGGGAAAAGUGAGGGUGGGAUGACAAAGCUGGAGAUCGAGCCCCCGUUGCCGAGUUUCCACCCGCAUGGGAUGGCGAGUCUGAGACUGGAGAACGGGACCGUGCGGCUCUUUGUGGUGAAUCAUAGGGCGGAGGUGCCGUAUAACAAGACGGCGCUGUACUCGGUCGUCGAAGUGCUCGAUUAUACCCCCACCACCUCCUCUUUGGAUGAACCACAAGAACGACACACGAAACUCAACCACAUCACAACCAUCCAACACCCCCACAUCUACACCCCAAACAACCUCUCCCCCAUCUCCCCGACCGCCUUCUACGUCUCGAACGACCACGCCGCCCGCUCCGGCACCCUCCGCACCCUCGAGGAGUUCGCGCAGUACCCCUCCGCGUGGCUCACCUACUGCGACUUCACCCGGUCCGUGGACUGUUCGGUGGCGUACACGGGUCUACGCAGCGCCAACGGGGUCGCAACGGACGGGAAGGGGCUGGUGCUGGUGUCGGAGGUCAGCGGGGGGGACGUGCUCGCGUUCCGGCACCACCCGUCCACAGAUAGCCACACACCCCCGCAUCUCGAACUCACCACCCGAUACAACCUCGACUACGUCCCCGACAACAUCGGAUACGACCCCGUCACGGACACAUUCACCCCCGUCGGACACCCCCGCGCGCUCGCGUUCCUCGCCUUUGCGGAGGGCCACGCACCCACCGCCCCGUCGUGGGCGGACGCCAUCACCGCGGAUGGGAGCAUUAGCAGGGUGUGGAGCGAUGACGGCGGGGUGGUGGCGGGGUCGACGGUGUUUGAGGUCGAUGUGGAGGAGGAUGUGGCGUUCGUGAGCGGGGUGUAUGAUCAGCGCGGGGUGGUUAGGUGUCGCGUGCCGGAGGGGUUUGGGCGGUGAUGCGGGGGGUUCUGAAUUCAGCUUGAUGUAGAUUUGGUGUAGGAUAGGACUGUUUUUGAGAAUCGUAGGAUAGCGGUUGGGGGCGGAGAUGGAACACAUGGAUGUUUCGUAGACGAGAAACGUGCUGUAAAUGUACAAUCUUGCGUCAUUUAUACGCGAGUCCCAUCGCGAGAAAACGAGAAAUGAUGUGACAACCGCAACCUCGGGACAAUACUCCACCGGACAGAGGCUUAUGCGUCCCGUUCCAUCUAAGAGCG